UGGUUUAUUUUAUUCGGCGGCGGUGGCGGCUUUCAUCCAUUUUCAAUUUCAUUUCAUUUCUUGAAUUAUUAAAUUAAAUAAAUUUCUUUGUGUUGUAUACUUUGUGAAUUAUCUUUUUCAAAUACCUAACUAGAGGCAUUGUGGCAUCGCUUGAUAUAGUCUAGCAAUGUCUGUCGCUUUUGCCCCGCGAGGCAAUCGGCCCCCGCUAAGUCCUGCUCAAAUACAGAAGAUGCUUGACGAAAAUGCUCAUCUUAUUCAAACUAUUCAAGAAUACCAAGCUAAAGGUCAACUUAUGGAAUGCCACCAAUACCAACAAGUGUUGCAUCGUAACCUAGUGUAUUUAGCAUCAGUAGCCGAUGCUAAUCAGAACAUUCAAGCGCUUUUACCGCCCCCUCAUCAGCUGGCUGCAGGGAAUGUUCCACCACAAGGACCUAUCAAUCCACCCACCAGCGGAGCAGACUCAUCACAACAACCAUACCGGCCACCAUCAGGAGUAUCAUCACCUCCAACUAGACCUACCCAGUCCUAUGGACAAAGACCUUACCCACAAAAUCAAUAUCAAGGCCAAUAUCAGGGUGCCCCUGGAUAUCCUCCUCAAGCAGGCUAUGGACCACCCAACCAAGGAUAUGGACCACCUAAUCCUGGCCAGCAACCUCAAGGAUACCCUCCUAAUUCUAAUUAUGGUCCACCUAUUACAACUACCAACAAUUAUCCUCCAUCAACUCAUCCAGGUCCCUAUCCUCCUUCCUCUGGCCAGCAGCCGUAUGCCCCUCCGCCCGGCAGUCCUGCAGGUGCAGGCUCUCCAUACCCGGUCCGUGGGGCCUCUCAGCCUUAUACUGGCAACACUGCAUACCCACCUAAUCAGUCUGGUUCAAACUAUCCUAAUGUAGGGGUUAGUUCUUACAACUCCACAACUUCUCAGCCACAGCCGUAUCAGUCCCAACCCUUCCCAAACACUGCCCCUUCAUACACUUCGCCACCUACAUCACAACCCAACCGCUCACCUCAGCCACCCUCAGGUCCUGGUGGUUACAAUUCUCAAAACCCAAGUUCUGGUUAUGGUUCUCCGUCUGCUCAAUCUCCCACUUACAAUUCAAGUCCCCAUGGUAACAGUGCGCCGCCCGCCACGGCCGCCCCCGGUGCUCCGGCGCCUCCUGGGCAGCAGUAUCCUCCUCCCGGCCAACCCUCGCCCUACCCGCCGUCAAGUCAACCACCAUAUUCAAACCCAUCAUCUCAGCCCGGAAGCCCGGCGCCGUCUGUGUCGACCGCUCCGCCGCCGCAGUCCUCCUACCCGCAGAAUCCUCAGAACUAUCCUCCCGGCGGUGGCGCGUACCCGCCGCACGCCUACCAGCAGGGCUACCCGCCUGCGCAGUACCCGCCCUCGCCGUACCCCCCCUACGCGCGUGCGCCCGCACCCGGCGCCCCGCCCCCGGGAGCUCCCCAGCCUUACCCGGGAUAUGGUUUUCAGCCACCUGCACAACAAUAAGUUGUGAAGUGUUUUGAAUUUUAGAUGUAAAAAUGACAUAGAUGUAAGUUAUGCAUACUUUUAAGAUUUGACUCUAGUAUAAUGUAUUUCCAAUAUUGUGAUUAAAAAUUUUCAAUAUA